UCUGUCCUUGCGCUGUGCGCUGCGAUACCACAGUUUACUCUGUUUAGCUACUAUGAGCAGAGCCCAGUUGUGGAUUAUUAGGUUAUCCAAUGUUGCGUAGCCGGAUUGCGAGUUGCAGAGAUGGGAAAACUUUACUCGAAACCUGCUGCAGUCUCUAAAGCCCGGGAAAGUCCAGAAGGAGACAGUUUGGUUGUAAGUGCCUGUUUGGCUCAGAAAGGGAUUGAAGACUGGCUGUCCAGGCAAAAAGAUGGCUGUUCUACUGCAACACAACACAAGGAAAUUGGAUCACUGCCUAGCAAGGGCCCACCCGGAGAGGAACAGGCAGCAGUGGUCGGCGAGGAGCUCUACCGCUUAGAAGUGGCUUUGCCACCCGAGAAACCGGAGAGUGGCCUCAAGGAAGAGAAGAAACAUGAAAAAGAAGCUCCACUCGUUUACAGAAAGCAGCUGCGAUUUGAGGGUCUUGAAUGUGACAUGUCCCUGGAAGAGGACAACCAGCCAGAGUGGACCUUCACCCUCUACGACUUUGACAACAGUGGAAAGGUCACUCGGGAGGACAUCACCAGUUUGCUGCACACUAUCUAUGAGGUUGUUGGUGCUUCUGUGAACCACUCUCCACAUACCAGUAAGACGCUCCAGGUCAAGCUAACAGUGUCUCCAGAUGCCAGCCAGAAGAGGAAAAGCACUUCGCAAAAUUUGACUGAUGCCCCCAUUUCGAGGCGUAAAAUGGACUGCAAGACAGAGUCUAGGAGUUCAGGCAAGAAACUCCGUGCUCCUCUGCGGUGUCGUCUCGGCGACUACCACGCACAGGAGGGCUGCUGCCAGCAUGCCAUUGAUGAGAAUCUGGAGAGAAGGAAUCACUACCUGGACCUGGCUGGCAUUGAAAACUACAUGUCACAGGCUGGACUGGGUGCCAAGUUGGAGAACGUGAAACCAGACAAUCUGAUGCAGGCUGUCAGCCAGGCCAAGUCCCGGACACAUGAGUCUGAAAAUAUGCACAGGAGACCCCAGAAGGCUGAAGCUGUGCUAGACACCUCAUUUAUGCCGGCUCAAGACAACAGCAGGCACCCAACGAGGUCCCCCAAGGGUCAGGGAAAGAGUGCGGGGCGGGCCGUAAGGAACAAGGUCUCCUCUUCGGGGACAGGUGCUCCCCAGUUGGGUUUCUCCAACCACAUACUUUCUUCUGCCCAUGUGCAAGCCUCUCCAGACCCUUACAGAAGACACAGACAGAGGGGCAAAGACACUAAAAACAACGUCUACCCGGUGUCGGCUUUGGAGAAGGAUCAAGGGCGUUAUUUGCCCCCCGCGUUGCCCCACAUGCUGCACCCCAUACUUCUGUGUGAUGGCAGUGUUGGCCAGAUGAUCCAGAGGCAUGAACACUACCACCAUCAUGAGCAUCACCACCAUUAUCACCACUUCCAGCAGGCCUGAUAUUUGCACGGCUUGGACAAGGACAAUUUGCAUGGCUCAAAUACUCAAGUUGAAGAUCUCUUUAGGUCUGAACUGGCAGACCUGAGGUGGAUAAAGUGGGGUCACCCAAGCCAAAAGCCUUGUCUACAACAUUUAACACCAAUGACAUGGGCCAGUUAGGGAGGGGCAUGUAGGAUAUACUUCUACUGAGACGAUUGCUUUUAAUGUAGACAUGGAAGCUGGACAUGCCCGGACCUUCUGGUGGUCUUCCUUUUUAUGGAGUUAUGCUAUAGAUAGCAAGAAGACUUUAAGCAUGGAGGCCUUUAAUGGACCAUAGUGGUUGGCUGUAAAGUGAGUCAGCUGUAUAUCUGCCAUCCCCAGCUGUUCCAGAUGUCACUGUCUUGAUGUCCCCAGCCUUCCUUGGGAGCCUGCGUCUGACAGACUGGACAGUAUAAAUGUUUCCUCAGGUGUUUUUCCUUCAUUCGCUGCUGGACGGUAUUCAGUCAAAUCAGGUAUUCCAAGAUGAGUCUGUCCAUCAGGAACUUCAGUUAUCUUGUGGACCCACAGCUAAAUGCACUUAGCUAUAAAGUGUAGCAGGAUGGAACCCGAAAUGAAUUGACCCGGUGCUGUUUACACAAAAAGUGCUGCCCCGCUUAUUGCUCAUAUCUGAGCUCACAUGUCAACUGGACUCCUCUGUGGCCUGCUGACUGCUCUGGCCAGAGUCAUCCACAGACAUUGGUCGCUUUCUACUCUGGACUUGGUCUUUUCUUCUCCUGAACAUUGAUUUUUUGUGCUACUGGUUCUCCUGUUGGGUCUUCUACCAGUGGCCACAAAUUUGAAUUCUUUGAUCAGUGCUCUUCUGCUGCCCACUAAUUACUUUGCUGUUGGUUCUUUGUUUAACUGGCCGACUCUUGUUUAUUUGCUACUUUGGGCCUUGUUCUUUAACUGAUGACAGACAUAUUGCAAUGCAGCUGAGGCAAGAGUGCCAGAUUUCAUGAGGGCAUUCGCCCACUUCAGGUGUAGCAGGAACUCCCUCUAUGUUUUGGCCAGCCACGACUCAAUACAGCAGAAAAUUCCAGAUUGUGUGGGUUUAGCCAGGCCUACAGGUUAGUAACUGUGGCUUGAAUUCUCCAUUACACUGGCCUGCUAACCUUCACUGACCUCUCAUUUGUGGUCUGACUUCACUGUCCUCUGUUCUGCUCUGGACUCUUCCUCUUACCACUCAUUUGCCACAGAUUGUUCUGGUAUUGGUUUGUCUACUGUGAUCCUGAUAGAUGGCUGUGCUACAGGUUCUAUUGCUGGCUUCCUAUUACACUGACCUGGAAUGCGGCACUGAUCACACAUCCUGGCCUGACCGCCAUGUUAGUUCUGCCGCUAACUAAGACUCUUUACCGACCACUCGUUACUCAAGCCUGUCCUUGGCUGAUUACCUUCUUCUCUCUGCCCUUUGACUUGGGCUCUUCUGUUGACCACUAAUUACUCUCUUGACCACUGAUUCUCUUGUUCUAUUACUGCUGUGCUAUUACUUAUCCUGUUGACCACUCUGUUUUCUAACAUGGACUUUUCUAUGAUCAGUCACUACCAAGCCAUUCUUGCCUACUGAUCACCCAUUGUUGCAGUACUGCUUUUCUUGCUAAGUUCUCUACUGCACCCUGACCUGGACUCAUCUGCUGUUUACUACAUUGUUAUCCUCAUUAACUGACCACUAAUGUCUUGAUUAACGCUUUCUCUCCUUCUAGUGACCGCCCAUUGCUUACUCUGUCCAUUCAUCAUCCACUAAUGUUCCUGUUCUGUUCUGUGUGGAUUCUUCUCUUUGAGCACUCAUCAGUCUUAUCUGUCGACCAUUACUGUGACGUGCUGACAGCUCUCAUCCAUGACUUGGACUUUUCUACUAAUCAGUCUUUACUGUGGUCCAUCCUCUUCAACGGACCACACAUUGGCAUAAAGUUACCCGGACUUAUCUGCUAACUACUCAUCACACUGGUUCACCUCAUUUUUUAAUUUUAUCAUAACAAGGCAAUCAAACAGACAGCUAUAAGAAAAAAAAAAAAACCAGGUCAAUCCUAAAUACUGUAUAUACUCUUGAAACCCGAAAAAUCGAUCAUAAAAUCAGACCCCGACUUAUAUGCCCGUUUUUUUGUUUUUUUUAUAUCUUCUUGCCUCCUCCAAUCUCGCAUCAGUUUCUCAGACACAUUCAAUUUUGUUGCAGCAGCGCAGUUACCAAUUUCUUUCGCCACUUCAACGACUUUUAAUUUUAAACCAGCUUCAUAUUUUCUUCUGAUCGAACGCUCCAUCGUAGAUAAGGGCUGCUAUUACGAUAAAGGUGUAUGAGGGUGUGAGAUACGAAAAACACAAAUCAGUGCAAACGUCACUUCGGAAUAGUUCAGGUAAUACCGUGUGGUCACGUAGGCACAAUAGAGAGAAACAAAAGUCCGGGUGCCCUGUGGUUACUCUCUCAGGUGGGCGUUAGCAUAUCAUAAUCUCUUGGACCAAUAGCGGGAGUUUUCCACAUUCGACAUUAUAAAAUUCCAGAAAUUAUACGGUAAAAUCAAGCCCUGGGGGAUAACUUAAAGGCGAGUAUAUACGGUACACUCAAGAUGACAUAUGAAACGGCCCAUUCUCAAUAACUGAUCACUACGUUGUCCGCAAUCUUUUACUGCUCACUCAUCACUCUGGCCUCCCCUUGACUGCUCUGUUUGGUUUCAUCUGUCGCAGCACUCAUCAGUCUGACCUGUUGUUAUCUGCUGACCACUACUGCGGUGUGUUGUGUGACUUGGACAUUUUUACUUUGGUCAUUCUUCUCAUAUUACUCAUUUUUCUAAGUUCCCACCCCUCGUCCAAACUGGCUUUAUCUACUGACCACUAAUGACACUGGCUCACCCUCAAUGACUGACCAUCAUAUAACCUAAUGUGGACUCCUCUGUUGACUACUCAUCACUCUGGCCUGUCCUUAUGUAUUGACCACGGAUUGUCACAGCCUUGCUUGUCCCAAAUGGCUGUGUGUUUUACACGGCCUUCUGCUUAAAAUAGGUGGUCGCAGUUUGACUUCUUUUGCUGUCCACCAUGAUGGAGGCCUGCCUCAUUGCUGAAAUGUUGAAAUGUCAGAAAGUCAAAUUGUGUUUCUAUUGUAGCACCUUGGACGCAGGCAGAGGGGCGGACUGCACAGCUUUAGACAGCCAAGUGUUCACACCAGCUCGGACCAUGUGCUGUUACCUUUGAUACCUUUAUAAUUUGGAGGAGUGACAUCCAUCCAUCCAUUCAUUCACAAUGGCACUGAUGCUGUCACACUUGCAUGACUUGUCUGCAUGUUACAACCCACACGGACACAGGGGGAACAUGUAAUCUCCAUAAGGAUGCAAGAUCUGAAGCCAGGACUCUGGAGCAGUGAGGAGGUAGCAUUCCCCACUGGCACAACAAAUGUCAGCAGACCAGAAUAGUAGAGGUAGGUGCAAAGUCUGGUGCCGCAUUCGCUGUGCCACAUCGGCCUCUAGCUUGGUAAGUGACAGGAAGCUGUGGUGUGGCCACCUGUAUGCUGAUGGACAAUGAAAAGGAAAGGCCAAUGCUGGUGGAGGCCAACUUCCCAUCUGAUGGUGGUUGUUUGCCUCUUCUUUGCUUAAGGUUGUCACUUGCAGCAUUUUCCCUGUCGCUGCAGCUUAUGGUUCUCACUUCAUUUAACAACCCUUGGACUAGUGAGGAAAGUUGGACCAGUGACCACAUAAGUUUGGCCAGUUGACUUGGGGAAAUGCUGCUUCAAGGAUGUGGUCAGUAGCAGUCAGCCUGGACCAGAUGUUCUCUGCUUUGAUCUGUUUGUAUUAUGAGGUUCAGUGGAACCAGAAAGGUGACACGCCAUCUUGUUCGUCUUUUAAACAGUUGUCCUAUUCUUCUUAUCAAUAAUCUGUAUAGUUUAUGGAUUUGAUUAAAUGUGCUAUUUAUUUAAUGGGA